CAAUAAAAAAUGUUUUCAAAAAAUGAUGGAGAUUAUGAAUAAGAAUUCAAGAAAUAAAGCAAUUUAUUUGUUUUUGAUUCUUGCUCUAUUUCACACGUGAGUGAAUAAGAGGAUUCUAUGGGAAUUCCCUAUCAGUUUGAAGCUUGGAAUCCUCCUAACAUUGGUAAGGAAUAAAAGUAAGCUGGGGAAUAGAAUGAAUAGAAUGAAGAGAAUAAAGAAACCGAAAAACUUGAAAACCUAAAAUAUUAAAAAAGAGAAGACGCUUUACCAAUUACUCAUUCAAUAGGAAAAAUAAAAUAAAAGAAAGUUAAAAAUUAGGAAGAAAUAAGUGAUUAAUAAAUAUAAAAGAAGGGAGUUUAUAUGCUUCCAGGAGAAAGUAAAAAUAUCCCUAAAAAUUUCACUAGAGCCUUGAAACAUUUUAUAAGUAUAUUAUUUUUAUCUAAUUUAGUCACAAACUUUGAUACUAAUGUCUUACUGAAUCCAGAGAUUAAGAAGUUUUUAAGUACUAAACCAGAAAAGGCUUGCAAACAAACCUUAGAAAAUUCAAUAAAGAAUAGUUAAUUACUUUAAUAAAUAUCUUAAAUGUUCUAUGGAAAUAUCCUUUGGGGGAAUAUCUUCUUAGAAGAAAAUAAAGUUGAACUAGAACCAUAUUUCAGAUUCAAUAAAGUAUGGUUUAAUACAAAAAAAUGA